UUUCGCGGCAUGCCUACCUGCGUGCUAACGGGCACCUUUUGAAAUUUGCAGGUAAUUUUUAGUUCCUGGAACGCAUACAGGCACAAAUCCAGGCUCGCGGGUGUUAAGGUUAGGCCUUGGCAAAUUCUCAAAAGUCGCCAUUCAUUCGCAAACAUGACGUUGAACGAGAGCGACGCGCACAAGCAACUGGAGCUGACGCGCAAUUUUCUGGAACUCUCACGAAAUGCAGACACCUGUGCGGCACUGCGCAGCUCUGACUGUAUACAAUUGUUGGUGCAAAUUCUACACGCAAACGAUGACAGUGGAGCAGCGGCCAAGAAGAACGCCAGUCUGGCGCUACACAACAUAGUGCACAGUCACUUGGACUUGAAGGAGCGUCAGCGGGAGGUGAAAGUGCUGCGACUACUGGACCAGAUACACGACUACAGCUGCAACUUUCUGCGCACGCAGCUACAAAGUGGUGGCGAGUCCAUAGCUGAUGACGAAGAGCGUCAUCCCUUGGCUGCGGUGAAGUUGCUAAUGAAAGCCAGCUUUGACUCAGAACAUCGUCAAACGAUGUGCGAGCUGGGCGCACUUAAGGCCAUACCAAAUCUCAUACAACUGGAUCAUGCUGUACACGGACCGGCCACAGGACGCGAGCAAUGCAAUCUGCUGAGACGCUAUGCGUUGAUGACACUCACGAAUCUCACGUGUGGCGAGGAGAACAACAAAUCACUGCUCUGUGGCCAAAAACAGUUUAUGGAGGCGCUAGUGGCACAGCUUGACUGCAAUGCUACAGACCUGGAUGAUCUACUGCAGGCAACUGCCAGUGUGCUGCGUAAUCUCUCCUGGCGCGCGGAUAAACACUUAAAGACCAUAUUUAAUGAGCUGGGCACGGUGACCGCCUUGGCAGUGGCUGCCAUGAGCAACAAAAGUGAAAAUACUUUGAUGGCCAUACUCUCAGCGCUCUGGAAUCUCUCAGCACAUUGCAGCACCAACAAAGCAGAGUUCUGUGCCGUAGAUGGUGCUUUAGCGUUUUUGGUUAAGAUGUUGAGCUACGAAGGACCAAGCAAGACGCUGAAAAUAGUGGAAAAUGCUGGCGGCAUAUUGCGCAAUGUGUCCAGUCAUAUUGCAGUGUGUGAACCUUAUCGCCAGGUCUUGAGGCAACACAACUGCUUGUCCAUAUUGCUGCAGCAGCUCAAGUCAGAGAAUCAAACAGUGGUCAGCAACUCUUGUGGUACGCUCUGGAAUCUAUCAGCCAGAUGUCCCGAGGAUCAGCAAUUUCUCAUAGACCACAACGCUAUUCCUUUGCUGCGCGCGCUUAUAAAUUCCAGAAAUGCGUUGAUUGCUGAAGGCAGCGCGUCAGCUUUAAAGAACCUGGUCAACUAUCGCGCGGCACUGCAGCUAGCCCAGCAAACGCCUGUAAAGGAGCUCAGCAAUGGACAUGCUGAGACGCUGCCACGUCGCUACAGUUCGCUUCGGCUGAGCAACAAUCCCACAGGCUCGCUUAAGAAGCUGCGUGCCACAGCAAGCAGCACCAGUUCAAACAACACAUUGCCACGUAAAUGUGAAAGUCGCGAGUCGCUUUACUCUGCUAAAUCUGAUACAGAUUCAACAAAAUACUCAACCAAGUCCGACAGUGCCUUUGAGCAACGCAAACUAAGCGUUGCCACACCCCAGACUACACACUAUCGAACAUCGACGGAGGAGCAGCCCAUAGAUUACUCCAUGAAGUACAGCUGCAACGACACGAAACCUAACUAUGAUAUAGCUAUAGAUAUGGAUCAACCUACAGACUUUAGCGUGCGCUAUAAAGAACCCAAGCCAACAGCAAGCAAUGCUGCUAAACAGGACAGCAAUGAGAUAUUACUUAUACUGGAUGAAUCUGGAGCUAGUUGUGCCACUGUUAAGCAGCCGCUGGCCAAGUCCGCCUCAGCUUGUGAUUUAAGCAGUGAUCAGGUGGCACGCCCAAGUACGUUAAGCUUGCGCAGCAAUGCACUGGAAAAUCUAACCACAGUGCAGCCUGUGGAAGCCGAGCAUGGCGAGCGACCCAUCAACUAUUGCGAGGAAGGCACGCCUGGCUGCUUUAGUCGCUUCGACUCGCUCAACAGUCUAACGGAUGCAGGCAAGCUGGAGAAACAGUCUGCACUUCUUAAGGAGCAAACGCCCAGUACGCCAGCGGCAGCAGUCGAAUCCACGCCAGCGAUGCACAAUGAGAGCGCCACCAGUCAGACAUUAAACUCAGCCUUGGAAACACCCUUAAUGUUUUCGCGACGUAGCUCUAUGGAUUCGCUGGUUAAUGAUGAGACCAUUACUUGCGAUGACAUUGGGUCUGUUAUCAGCGAAUAUAGUCGCAUGCAAAGUGGCGUUAUUUCACCCUCGGAGCUGCCGGAUUCACCCACACAAAGCAUGCCGCAGUCGCCGCAACGUGAACGCCGCAAGGAACACAACAAGGAGAACAACAAUCCUCAAACUCAUGAACUUAAUGGCAACGAUGAGCGACGCAGUUAUUUUACUGAGGAUACACCUGCGCUGCUGUCCAAGGCAGGCAGCAAUAGUAAUCUCUCCAUGCUCUCCAUUGCAUCCACAGCUAACGAUGUGAAUGCAAAUGGACCACAGUCGCUGCCAUUGCCAGUGCGUGAGGAUGCCAUCACAAAGAUGCGUUGCGGCGGCAGCGCCUUGCCCAAUUAUUUACCUGUUACAGAUGAGAUGAACAAGUAUUAUGUGGAGGACAGUCCCUGCAACUUUUCUGUCAUCUCUGGACUGUCCAAUUUGACUGUUGGCUCUGCCCAAGUGGGACCAGUACGUGUGCCUUUGCGACCACCUCAGUUGUUGCCCAGAAAUGCAGAUCCAGCGCCCAAGUUGCCGCCUCGGAGAAGCGCCGCCCAUGCUGAAGUAGAGCCACGUCUGCCUCCUAAACGCAGCGACUCACUCAGCUCACUCUCCAUGGACUCUGACGAUGACUGUAAUCUACUCAGCCAGGCCAUUGCUGCAGGCAGUUGCAGACCACAGCCGAGUGGUGCUAGCACCAGCACCAACUCCAGCCAUACAAACACAAACACACUGCCCAAGCCCAAUGGACACAGACGACAGACUAUUGCUGGCACCAAGACUGAUUACAGUUCCGACGAAUCCUUAGACGAGAGUCAGUCCAAGUCACUGUUUGAGCAAUGCAUCUUGAGUGGCAUGCACAAGUCGAGUGAUGCACUAGAGAGCGAUCGCGGCGAAACUUCAGCCCAGUCCAGCGAUCGCGAACGCUUUGUUAGCAAUCAGGUGCGUCAAAUUGAGUCCUUACUGGCCACAGCCCGCCCAGCAUCGGCACCUACACUGCAACAACAGCAACCGCGUUCCGUGUCCAACAGUCGCCAGCGUCAGCAGCAGCAGCAUUGGGUUUAAGGUCUUUGAU